ACACGGGGUUACAUCAGAAACAAUCAGAAACAUGCCGUUUUUUAUUAGACAGCCUCUAUAUUCCCAAAUUUUAAUUAAAUCUUAUUGAAAUUGUAUUAACACGAAUUUAAUUUGAAUUAUGAGCAUUUCUAUGAGAGUAUUGCGGUGCAUGCCGUCGUUUGUUUUGCGGCGGAAUGCGUGCCGGCGGAGUCUGAGCUCAUCCACGAGCCUCUGGCACAAGGUGGACAUCAAGAAUGGGCCGGGACUACAGCACUUCAUCGCCAACAGCGUGUCCCCGUCGACCCAACAGGAGAUCGACACUUCAGUGGUGGACAUUCCCUACAUCGACAAUGUAAGCGGCGACGGACAAAAAGUGUACUUCGAUGUGUACGGGUGCCAGAUGAACGUGAACGACACAGAGGUGGUGUGGUCGAUCCUGCAGGCCAAGGGCUACGAGAAGACGGACGAGUUGCUGCUGGCCGACGUCAUCCUAGUGGUGACGUGCGCCAUCAGGGAGGGCGCCGAGACUAAGGUGUGGAACCAGCUGCGAAACUACCGCGGCCUCAAGAAGAAGCGGAACAGGGACAGACCGCCCUUGCGCAUUGGUGUCCUUGGCUGCAUGGCCGAGCGGCUGAAGGAGCAGCUGAUUGAAAAGGAGCGCUCCGUGGACAUCGUAGCCGGACCUGACAGCUACCGCGACCUGCCGCGCCUGCUGGCCCUCAGCAGGGAUAGACACACCGCUGUCAACGUCAUGUUGUCGCACGAUGAGACCUACGCUGACGUCAUGCCCGUUCGGCUCGACCAGAACUCGAAAACUGCCUAUGUCUCAAUAAUGCGUGGCUGUGACAAUAUGUGUACUUAUUGCAUCGUUCCAUUCACGCGGGGAAGGGAACGGUCGAGGCCCAUCUCGUCCAUCGUCGACGAGAUCCGCUAUUUGUCCCAGCAGGGCAUCAAAGAGGUCACGCUUCUAGGCCAGAACGUGAACAGCUAUCGCGAUUUAUCUGAGCAGCAGCACUUUGUGGCGGCUGACACGAACAUGGCCAAAGGCUUCAAGACUGUGUACAAACCAAAGAAGGGUGGCCGAAGGUUCGCAGACCUGCUCGACAGGGUCGCCUCCAUUGACCCCGAAAUGCGGAUUCGCUUCACCUCGCCACACCCCAAAGACUUUCCAGAUGAGGUGUUGGAGGUGAUCAGGGAGCGGACGAACGUGUGCAAGCACCUGCACCUGCCGGCGCAGAGCGGCUGCAGCAGCGUCCUUGAGCGGAUGCGGCGUGGCUACACGCGCGAAGCGUACAUCGAUCUGGUCCAGCACAUCAGGGAAAUGGUUCCAAAGGUGUCGUUUUGUUCCGACUUUAUCUGCGGCUUCUGUGGAGAGAGCGAGGAAGAUUUCGAGGAGACAAUUACGCUGAUGCGCAACGUAGUGUACAACUGGAUGUUCAUCUUUAUGUACAGCCUGCGCGAGAAGACGACCGCCCACCGGCGCCUGCAGGACGACGUACCAGAAGAGGAAAAGAGGCGUCGCAUUGAGAUCAUGCACCAGACUAUGCGCAUGAUCACGGAGCAGACCAACAAGGCGCAACUCGGAACUAGACAGCUCAUCCUUGUCGAAGGGGCGAGCAAGAGGUCGCGCCAGGUGCUGGCGGGCAGGAACGAGGCCAACAUUAAAGUCAACUUUCCUGCCGGCUUGCUGCCGAUGUCGCCAGACUCUCAGGAGAGAAGACCUGUCGAGCCAGGGGACUAUGUUGUUAUUGAGGUGACGAAUGCGAAUUCGCAGUGCCUGCAAGGAGUAGGUGUGCACCACAGCAGCGUGCGGGAGUACGGCAGCUCGCCUGUGGGCCCCAGCUCCGAGGAAUUAGAACGAUUGCGUGAAGUAUUGGCAGUGUCAUGAACGGAAAUAAGAUCUCGUCUAUAUUCGCAUUAAAUAAAAAUUGUUUAUAUAAAUUUAA